CUCCUUCAUCGGUGUCUUCGGUAGCCUGACCCUCAGUCUACCUCUCGUCCUACCUUCAACUGUAACCCAAAGACAGAGACUGCGUGUGUAGCCCACAAUGGCCUCAGCAUACUACGAGUUCUACCGCGGGUCUUCUAUUGGAAUGGCCCUUACAGACUCACUAGACGAGCUGAUUACAAGCGGAGCAAUAACGCCGCAGCUGGCUAUGAAGGUUCUACAGCAGUUUGACAAGUCCCUGGCGGAUACCAUGGUCAAAAUGGUUAAGCAGAAGACUACGCUUAAGGGCCAUCUUCACACAUACCGGUUGUGCGACGAUGUGUGGACAUUCAUCGUCAAGAACCCUCAGUUCAAGAUGGAAUCGAAUGAUAUCAUUGGUGCUCCCAAGAUAAAGAUUGUGGCAUGUAAGAAUGGUGACGCGAUCGAGGCGGGGAAGAAAUGAGUUCUAAUAGCCCAUUAUCCUUCAUUUCCAUUGGAGCUACUUCAACCGUUCUUCAUCCACUUGUACCUUACGUUUGCUGUGCGCAUUAGUCAUGCUGUCCCCAUUGUGUGUAUCAUAGGCAAUCCCCGUUAGAUGCAAUCGAAUUGCGUUAUUUGUGU